AGGCCGUCUUCCGGUAGUGUGGGCGUGUCGGGGGGGCGGGUCCCCGCGUCGUGGCGGGAAAGCAGCGGCCCAGGCUGGACCUCUGAGACACGGAGGGACGGAAACGGAUCUGAAGUGUGAUCUCUUCACCAUGGACGCCGCCGAGGUGGAGUUUUUGGCCGAGAAGGAACUGGUGACCAUCAUCCCGAACUUCAGCCUGGACAAAAUCUACCUAAUCGGGGGGGACCUGGGGCCCUUCAACCCCGGCUUACCCGUGGAAGUGCCCUUGUGGCUGGCCAUUAACUUGAAACAGAGACAGAAGUGCCGUCUGCUACCUCCAGAAUGGAUGGAUGUAGAGAAAUUGGAGCAGAUGCGAGAUCAGGAGCGGAAGGAGGAGACGUUCACCCCAGUGCCCAGCCCGCACUAUAUGGAGAUCACCAAGCUCCUGCUCAAUCAUGCUUCUGACAACAUUCCCAAGGCAGACACCAUCCGGACACUGAUCAAAGAUCUGUGGGACACACGCAUGGCCAAGCUCCGGGUGUCUGCUGACAGCUUUGUGCGACAGCAGGAGGCACACGCUAAGCUGGAUAACCUGACCCUGAUGGAAAUCAACAGCAGUGGGGCCUUCCUCACCCAGGCACUUAAUCACAUGUACAAACUCCGCACAAACCUCCAGCCCUCCGAGAGCACACAGUCUUAGGACUUCUAGCUUGACUGAAGAGGCACUCAGCUCUGGACGCGUGUGGUGGUGGAGAGAUGGGUGUGGACACAGGUGGAGGAACUCAGCCUCGCCGCAAGCUCAGCUUCCAUCGCUGUAGAAGCCACCAGCUUCCCCCUCGUGGGAAGAAAACAAGUCUGCGGCCCAGGACUUCUCGAAUGAGCACGGACUCCUGCGCGUGUCAGCACAGCAAGUGUUCAGUUAAGUUCAGUGUCUUCAAGUUUGACCUGUGAAAGCUGUGUAGUUGAGAACU